AUGGAUUACUGCAGUGAUUGUGGGGAGCAAUCUUCUAAAAGUAGUCAAAGGGAAAUGGUUGAUGAUUCCAAUCGGGAGAACUUACCAAAGAAGGAAAAAAUGCAAUUUCAUCACCGAAAACUUCAUCUGGCUGCGAAUCAAAAGAAGGGACAAAAGGUUUCUGUUGAUACAUCAGCAUCUGAAAUCAUCGGUGUGAAUGAGGAUGCUAUUGCUCGAAGGACUCGGAGACGGAAAGUAUGA